ACAAGGUUUUGAAUAAAUUGUGUAAUUUUAUUUUUUCGCUGUUUAUUUUUUUUUUUCAUUUUCAUUUGAGGCAACGAAAUUUACUUAGCCUGGGGCCUGCAAUUAUCUAAGGCCGGCCCUGACUGGGUCCACUAUUUUUCAGACGAAAAGGUGAAUAGGAAUUACUUAAAUUAAAUAAAAGAUAAAGUAUCAAGAACUGUCAAUAUAUGUGUAACAUGUAUGCAUCAUUCCUUGUUGCAGCACUGAGCUUCAAAUGUGUAUCUAGAUCUACCACUCCAGUCAAGACUGCACCCCCUCAGAUCAUACUUUAUACACAUUGUACACACCGCUGAACGUAAUGGUUUAGUUUGACUGUUUAGUCCACUCGUGUUUGGGUCGCGACCUAUUGUCAUAUGUCGAUCUGUGUUGCAAUCGUGUCAAUAUUGACCUUUCGCCCCCUUUCCCCAGUGCCCCAUUCACCAGACAAUACUACCACAAUCUACCUUUGUUUACUGCUUUGGCCGGCCAGGUCGUCUAUGUGUUGACCACUGGAUCAGCUUCUAAUGUUGUGAGUGACGGGACUUGAAGGACUUAGGUUUAAACCCCAUCACCCCUUCCCACUCGUUUUAGUUUGACCGCGUUACCUGUUUGUAGAAAGGCUUUGGAGAAUUUGAACUACCAGGUGCCGCCUCCCUGGAGGUCACAGAAGGUGUGUAGUUGUUAUCACAAGUGUUUACCUUUCAGAGACUGCUACCUGCUCUUUCGGACAACAGUCGUUUAGAUUUGGGGGGUUCACGCUAAGGAAGAAAAGUCUCUUGUAGCUGAUCAACUCGUCUAUUGGAGUAAUACAAUUCAUUUUUUAAAAACAAACCUAAGAGCCAUUAUGGUGAGACAGACAACACAAAUCCCAACUUCAUGAUGAACCCUCACCCUAUCAUUGUUGACGAAGGUCAGAGGUCACGAGAGAACAGCCUCACGCCUCAGUCUAUUUCCGGCAUGUCGCCAAACUCCAACAGAAUGGCGUCCCCUUGCUCCGACGUGGGCAGAAGCCUCAGCCCUCUGCCGCCCAACGAGAGCCCAUCCAACAACAUGGACCAUGUCAAGCGGCCAAUGAACGCCUUCAUGGUCUGGUCACGUGGCCAGAGGAGGAAAAUGGCGCAAGAGAAUCCCAAGAUGCACAAUUCGGAAAUCAGUAAAAGGCUGGGCGCCGAGUGGAAACUUUUGUCGGAGGAAGAAAAAAGGCCUUUCAUUGACGAGGCCAAGAGACUCAGGGCGCUACAUAUGAAAGAGCACCCUGACUAUAAAUACAGACCCAGGAGGAAGCCGAAGUCUCUUAUGAAGAAAGAUAAAUACGCCUUCCCUCUGCACCCUAUGCUGCCCGGGAUGAACGGGGCAUCUCUUGGUUCCAUGGCUCACUCCUUCGCAUCUUUGGCGGCUUCGCAUCACCAGUCAGAACUCUUGGCUGCUUCCAGCUCUUCCUUCGACAAGGCCAGGCACCCUUUCCUCCCUCCGACCUCAACGUACGGGCUCUACCCGCACCUCGAAGCCGCAGCUGUCGCAGCCGCUGCCAACGCUAAACUGGACACAGCCACCUCCCUCUCUUCACUCUCAGCCCUCCGGCACCCCGAGAGCCUCGCUUCCAAUCCGCUGUACGCCCCUUACUUCACGGGGCACCCACACCCUUCCCUCUCGGCGCUGCCGCCCGCCGCUCACGCCCACGCUGCGGCGGCGGCUGCCGGGCUGGGUCAGUACUUCGUCCCCUACAUGUCUUCUUCUUACAUGACGUCCCCGUCUGACGUUCACAGACCUCUGGCCUACGUCCUGGUCAAACCUGAAGACCACUUCCGGCACCCUACCGUCUUGUGACACGGCUUGCAGUGAGUAAACCAUUAGACUGAACUUCCGCUGGCCAACAUGUCAACACAAGAACAAUACUUCUGUCAAUAUGUAUCAAAGAAAUACCACAAUAAACACGUGAAUACAUUAUAUAUAUAUAAAGAAUCUCUUACAAUUUAAGAAUGAAUAUGACAUUUCUAAUAUAUGCCUAGAAUGAAUGCAUUGACAUUAUCGGGAAUGAAGCAAUAUGAAACACUCAAUAAACAUUUGCGUGUUUUUAAAAAAAAGAAGCGUGCUUUAUACAAACUCAAGUUGAAACAGAAGUUGCUGGGACUCUUAUAAAGUACUGCGCUAUUACCCAGUUGUGAUCUCAACGUCAAUGUUAUAGAAAUUGUUACGUUUAUAUGGAAAUCUUUUCAUUGUGAGAAGCAUUGUAUUACAUGCCAUCUUAUGUAUAUAUAUGUCUCUGUUUUUAGUGUGCAUUUCUAAUGUAUUUAUAUUGAGUUUCUGUUGCAUUUAGUAUUACGUCAGAACGACUGAAAUUUGAAUGUCAUUUUUCGUCGUGAUCUAUUCUUAUUAAACUUAGGCGAGUGCUGAGAUAGAAUAUAGAUACAAGCUAUUCGCAGCAUAAGAUCUUUUUAAAGUUGCCCAUUGAACGAGCUAUUCCAUCGUCCGAUGUCUUGCACUAGCAGUGACACUAAUAGGUGUCUUAGUCAGUCUGUAUCGAGAGCUGAUACCCGUGUUUCCAGAUGACUUCAUUCAAGAGGCUUUUCUACCUGGCUGAUUUCUAGCAGGCUUUUCUUUUGGAAUGUUUCUAUGGCUGUUCUGGGUGAGAUAGUUCAACAGCUUCUGAAUGACUUGGAGUCCAACACACCUGUCCUGGUCCACUGGUGUCGUCAGAUAUUCUUAACAAACGAAUUCUAUAGAUCUUUUCAUUGACUAGUUUUAGAAUCUCUUGAAAUUGACUGAUUACAAAAGCUCUUAAAGUUGACUGUUUGUUAGAGUCUUAAAGAUGACUGAUUGUUAGAGUCUUUAAAUUGACUGAUUGCGAAAUCUCUUAAAAGUGACUGGUUGUUAAAGUCUUAAAACUGAAUGAUUGCCAAAUCCUUUAAGUUUGAGUUGUUUGAGUCUUAAAGUGGACUACUUGCAAAAUAGUCUUAAAGUUGACUACUUGCGAAAUGUUUUCAAAGUGACUGGUUUUUAAAGUCUUUAAACUUACUGACUGAUUGAGAGUCUUAAAAUUGACCGAUUCUAUAGGCUUCAAAUGUUGACUGCAAACAAUUUCAGAAUACGAUUGACUGAAAUAAAUUUAUUUAUGGUCAUUAACUGUUAGCUCUGAAAACUUAUCAAUCUCUAUUUAUAAAAACAUACAACUAUUUAUCUGACUGAUGAUUACAGCAGAUAUCUGAAUGAUUCUCAAACUCCUUUGAUACAGUUCACUAAAUGAUCUUUCAUUAGAUUGACGAUGUCACCAUUGAAUAAGUACAAGCAAGAAGCAUAUCAAAUAGUUCUCAAAACGUCAUUAUUUUAUCUACAUAACUGAUUAAACCACCGAUCCUGAAAGUAGAUUAUUAGUUCAAGUAGGAUUAUGUACAUUGGAUGACAAUACGGCAUUAGAACUCUAUAAGAUUUUAUCGUUACACGUCAUGUCUUCAUUUCAAACGCCCUCGUCAUAAACUCAUGGGUUCAAUGUUCUGUUAGAGACACACAGGUACAUGAUGUCUAUGAAAUACCAGUAAUUGGAUUAUUUGAUUGCAUCUGCUUCUAGUGAGUACGCUGCUGUUGUUUGUUUAUAUUUCCAGUUUCAUAUGUUCAAACUUUGGCACUAGCUUUAAGUCUACCAAGUUGUCGUCGUACACAUGGGAGCAAUGUUUGGAAACGUGAGCCAUGAUCCUGCUGGGGUUGGGGAGGGGGGUAUAUACAAAAUUAAAUACUAUCUGAUUUUGUAUGAUUGUAAAAUGUGUUUAAUGUGUAUGUGUGUAUGUAUGUGUGUGUUUUUGUGAAUGUUUCCUCUGGUCAAUUUAAAUGUCAUUUCUACAAGUGCUAAUUAGAAAAUAAAUAGAAGACAUCUGACUAAUGUUUUGUGUGCUUUCUAUUGUGAUGAAGACCGUUUUUUUUUCUUUUAAUAUAAAGAUUUAUAUGAACAAAGGAUUAUAUAUUUCUAGGGUACAGCGUCCUGAAUUUAUUGUAUGGGGCCUAUCCAUAUUAUUAACAUCCAUUUGUUCACAUCCAGGGUACGCUUAUUACAUAUACUGAACUGAAACAGUAUUCCAGAUUCCAGAUAUAUCCCUCUAUGAUGAAUAUAAGAAUUUCAGGGGACCCAGUUGUAUCGCGUUGCGUCGGUUUAAAAACAAAAAGUGGUGCGGUUUGAAUUAGCAUUGAAUGUUCCCUAAUGCUCUCCCUUUGUAUCUCCAACUGGAAUAGGACGAAAAGUUUCAAGUUUUAUGUCAUA